AUGAAGCUCUCUGUGCAAAUGGCGGUGGCACUCACCAUUGGAGGUGUUUGCGGAGAGAACAUCAGCUUCAUCAGCGAUCCCGGGGUCUAUGGACCACCACUUGAAGUUGCCCAUGCGUACUAUGGGCAAUGGCCUACUGGCAUAACGGUCUCUAGCACUGGCCGGAUGUUCUCAAACUACCCUGGUGGACUUGACCCCAGCAAUACUUAUAAUGGCUCAAACGACGUGUACACGGUUGGAGAGCUGACCGGCCUCACCGCCGAGAUGGCAUAUCCCACAUUGGAGAUGAAUCACCCGCCUGGAGGAGCGAUCAACUAUUCUACUACACCGCCGACGGGUGCCAAUUACCAAGACUACUUGAUUGGCGUGCAGUCGGUAGUCAUCGACCCGUCUGAUCGCCUCUGGAUCUUGGACACCGGACGUGUCCUCACUCCAGAGGGCGUGCUCGUAUCAGCGACGUACGGUGGACCAAAGCUGGUUGGUGUUGACCUCGCGACUAACCAAGUCUUCAAGACUAUUGUCUUCCCGUCGACUGUCGCAUACGGAGAUAGCUAUCUCAACGACGUCCGAUUCGACUUACGACCUAACGUCUCAGAAUCAGGCCAGGGUGUCGCCUACAUCACAGACAGUAGCGCAUCAGGUCACAACGCAAUCAUCAUAGUCGACCUUGGGUCCGGAAACAGCUGGAGGCAUCUGGAUCAAACAGAUUCGGUCAGAACCGAGUCCCAAUUCCUGCCCUUCCAAUGGGGUCAACCACUUUACUACACGGAUGCCGGCAAGCCCUUCACAUUCUUCCCGCUCGGAUCUGAUGGCAUUGCGCUAUCCGCCGACGGCGAGACAUUGUAUUGGUCUCCCGUAGGAUCUCGGUACAUGUACAGCGCGCCUACAAGCAGACUGCGGGACCAGGGGCCGGCCAGUGAGCUCAUGGCUCAACAGUCUGUGGUCAACCAUGGCCAGAAGGGGGUCAGCGACGGCCUGGAGUCAGACAGCAACGGCCUGGUCUAUGUGGGCAACAAUGAGGGAAACGCCAUCAACGUUUUCCAUGCUAGCAAUGGCACGACCCUGCCAUUUGUCAGAGACCCGAGGAUCAACUGGGUAGAUACCAGUCAGUACCUCUUGCGCCCCAAACAUCCUGGCGAGUCUGCUAAUUGGAUACCAGUGUCGGUUGCGUCAGAUGGCUAUCUGUACUUCACGGUGAACCAGCUCAGCCUUUCCUCGUCGACGUAUCCAGGCACCGAUAGAAGAGUCAGACCCUUCGCCCUGUUCAAGGCACCUUUGCCCAACGGAGGGAAGAAGGUUGAGCUUGAAUGA